ACCACUAGCCGCCUCCAACACCUCUUUCCUGCUCCAGCCCCCAUCAAGCAGAAAAACCCGCUGUCUCCAGAGACACCCCACCUGCUGUCCCAGGUGCUGUUCUGCCAGCCAGAUUCCCCGAGCUUGGGUCGGGCCGACACCUUUGACGAGGACCAGCUCUUCUGGUUUGACUUCCCCAGUUCGCGCUGGUUGCCACGACUGCCUGACUUUGCCCCCCGCACCUCUGCUCAGUCGCCCCCUGCCCAGAUCGUCGUUGAGGCUGGCCUGUGCAAGGAGCUCCUUCGUGGCCUCUCCCAAAUGGCCCACGGUUUCUUGCCAGAGGCUAAAGGCAUCCCCAUGGCCAACAUCUUCACAGCGGAGCCACUGGAACUGGGCCGGCCCAACACGCUGAUCUGCCAAGUGGGCAAUAUCUUCCCGGCCUCGGUGGCAGUGUCGUGGCAGCACAAUGGGGUGCCAGUGACUCAGGGGGUCAACACCACACCCUACAACAUCAAUGAGGACCUGGCCUUAACAGUGUACUCGACACUGCCCUUCACACCGCACGAGGGCGACGUCUAUGCCUGCAACAUCACUCGACAGCGAGAGCGCUUCUCCACCCUCACCUACUGGGUGCCCCAGGACCCCAUCCCAUCUAAGCUGCUGGAGACCUCUAUCUGUUACACCGCGAUCGCCCUGGGCAUCGUCCUUUUCGUUGCAGGGGUUGUUCUCCUCGUCCUGUUCCGCCGGCUCCGCAGUCAAGAUGAAGCUCAAAGCAGCUGGUAAGAACUGACCCAACCUGCUGUGAGAAGACCCAGAUCCCCUCCACCCAUCCUGACUCCCCACCUUUAGGACCUCUGGGCCAGCAGCGGGGAGUUCAGACUAGACACUUUUGUUGCCUGCUGUGGGAACCCAGCGAUUGCUGAGGAGAUGGUGGCUGUCCCUACCUCCUCAAUGGGGACUGGGAGAAACCCCCCAUCCCCUCCUGCCUGGCUGGGCUCACCUCCAGCCCCAGGACAUCCGUGCCUUGUCUUGUCCCCGUGACAAUAAAGGUCUAUUUUCUGGA